AUGAGUAGCAACAACAUAAACGAAAGGCUUUUAACUUCUACUAUAUCAAACAACUCUGAUGCUGGUCAUUUAGGUUUUCGUCAAAUCUAUUAAUAAAGUAGACCAUUAAAAAGACCAGCAUUCAUAGUAAAUGAUAUGACAAAAACAUUUAUAGAUUUAAAUAAGUCUUAUAUAUAUGUCGGCGAUAACUCUAGAUUUUAGCAAAGAAUCACAUGGAUACUUUCAUUUUAAUGGAUAUUUUAUAGUAUGCUAGUUAUGAUUUCACCGAUCAUGUUUUAGUCUCCUAAAUUUGAAUGCGAUUAUUAUAAUCAAAACACAUAUGUCACCUGCUAAGAGGAAGGAGUGUGUAACAUUAUUAACUCAGGAAAGGGAAAAUUUAGAAUAAUAGAUAAAGAUUAAUCAAUUGCAUCUGAAUUUGACUUGUAUUGCGAUAAAGCUCCUUUAGUCUCUAUAGCUCAGUCUAUUAUAUUUGCAGGUUAUUUUGUUGCUGGUUUAGUGAGUAGUUGGUGUUCAGAUAGAUUUGGUAGAAGAAAAAGCUUUUUAAUAUCUAUCAUAAUAGGUAGUAUAGCCACGAUAGGUAUUGGCUUUUCUUCAAAUAUCAAUAUGGUUAUGGGACUCACUUUUCUUGCAGGUUUUGGCAUGAAUGGAUAUGAAACUAUUAUUUUGGUAUAUUGCUCUGAGAUUUCUGAAAGAAGAUUUAGAGACAUAUCAGUUACAGUUCUGUAAAUUAUGUGGGCACUUUCAUAAGUUCUGUAGCCUACAAUUAGUGGACUUGUUGAAGAAUGGAGAUUAAUAUAUAUUUUUUGCAUAGGUCUUCCACUAUUAUUAAGUGUUGCUUUAAGUUAUAGGUAUUUUUGUGAAAGUCCUCGCUAUUUAGCAAGUAGAAAGAGAUAUUACGAAGCAAGAGAGGUAUUUAGAUUUAUCAGUGCUAGAAAUAAUAGACCUCCUUAUGAAUUUCACUUAUAUGAAGAAAUAGAUGAUUAUAACUCAAUUGUAACUUAAAUUUAAGAUAAGAAUAAUAUUUAAGAUCCUUAGGAGGCAAACACAAGCUACAUUCGUCCUUAAAAAGUUUUUUAAGAUGAAUUGUAAAGAUAAACAAACUUUUUAGAUCUUGUCAAAUCUAAAAAAAUUAUAAAGAUAACAUUGGUUAUGUGCUACUUUUGGUUUACAAGAUAUUUUACUUACUUUUCCUUGCUUUUCUCAAUCAGAAACUUUGGUGAUGAACUUUAAAAGAACUUCUAAAUUUUAGCUAUUAUUGAAGUAUUAUCAGCUUUGGUCAGCAUACCCCUGAAGUUAAGAUUAACAAGGAAAAAAGCUAUAAAGCAUUCUAUGCUUAUGAUGAUUAUUUUUUCAUUUUUUUCAGCUGUAAUUGAGAUCCCUCCUGAGUGCAGAUAUAUAGGAAGUUUUUGUAUAGCUAAAGAAGCAGUUAUCCUAUUUGCAAUUAUUCUUAAAUUCGCUAUAGUUUUCUUUACUGUAAUUUUGAUGACAUACACAAGUGAAGCUUUCCCUACAGUAUUAAGAUCACAAGGCCAAGGUAUUUGUAUGAUUGUUGGCUCUAUAGGUAGUAGUUUGGCUCCUUUAGCAUAAAAUCUGGAAAUUCAUCCAUUAUACUUUACAACAAUUUUAGGAUUCUUUGGAUAUUUAUUAACUUUGUCGCUUGAUGAAAAUCAAAAUAUGGAUGAUUUCAUUUAAGAAAACUAACAGCAACAAUAAAAAUAAGAUAUUCCCCUCUAAGUAAUUAACCCUAAUAAUAAUGCCCCUCAAUGA